UUUACGGAUUUCUGCAUCUCAUUAUUUUACUGACUCAUUUUACUAUGAAUGUAAUUGGUAUUCCUUCCACAAAAUUCACCGUGGUAGGAAUUCAUUUACGGAAUUUAGCAUCACAUUAUUUUAUUGACUCAUUUUACUAUGAAUGUAAUUGGUGUUGCAGGGUCAAGCUGGGAAGGCGGUGAAGGGUGAGUACAGUUGGGUGGCGCCCAACGGCGAGGAGUUCAAAGUGGAGUACGUGGCUGACCAUCUCGGCUACCGCGUGCUGGAGUCCAACGCCCAACCCAAGUUCCGCGCUGCUGAAGUCGUCGCUGAGGAAGAGUCCGCUGCUGCUCCUGAAGAGGAAGAAGGUGGAGAGGAAGAGGGUGGAGAAGAAGAAGCAGCAGCUGAAGAGGAAGCCGCAGCUGAGGACGAAGCGGCAGCUGAAGAGGAAGCCGCAGCAGAGGAAGAGGGAGCCGAAGAAGAAGAACAAUAGAUAAUAGAUAUAGACUUGUGAGACGACGAAAAAUAUGAAAAUUUCAAAAUCUCGGGUUGGUUAAGUAGUGCGCUUAAUUUAUUGCUGACCACAUUGCGCUUCUUAGAACGAACAUUAUAAUGAAAACAAGUCACCGCUGGAAGGAGAAAAUUGUACUUAAUAAGAAUUCGUUGUUGUAGGGAAAAUCUUAGCUGCCAUUCUAAAUUCAUAUUUUACGAUUGAGCGACAUGGUUUGAAUGAAACUGAAUAUAUGUCAUUACAAAUUAAACAUAUUCUAAAAAUUUAAAAUGUUAAUGGUGUGAAGAAAGUUACAUAAAAUAUUUUUGCAACAUUUUCAUUUUUCAUUAAACCUAUUGUAUCCUGUAUUCGAUCUGAUACAGCACCAUGCAAACACAAUCAUUGUUUUUUAUAACGUCAAAAUUUUAUACUUAUAACGUCAACCAAACUACACAAAUAGCAUAUACCAAGCUGCGGGUGUAAGGUCAACAAUUCUAUGCUUAUGUGCUGCAUAUUGUUUGUCCAAUUGUUAAUACUGGAUAAUUUGACUAUCUGGAAGUACGAAUAACAUUCGCCAAAUACAUUGAAAACGUGACUUUGUAUCGUGGGUCAAGAAAAUAUCUACACAACACAAUCGAAGCUCAUCGACUUCCAACUUAAUAGUUUAUUCAUAAUUUUAACUCACAACUAAUGUGACGAAAUAAAAAUGAACUAUAUAAACCAUACUAUAUACUACUUUGCAAACUGCUGAUCCAUGUAAGUUGAACGUUCAUCUGCAUUUCUCAGUUCUGUUCCUAAAAAUUUUUUGGUUCGGUUACUCUCCGGGUGCCGGACUUCAGUGCAUUUAUUAAUCAAGUAGUUAAACGCGCGCCCUUUUUAAGGCUCGUAGAUCUUGGAAACAAAUAAUGGGUAAUUUAGAUGCGGUCAAAAACAUAUUACAAUGUUUAUUUCGUGUCAUUGUUCGUGUCUACUACAGGGCAAUAACCAAGGCUGGGCCGUACAAUGUCUAAAUGUCUUCGCUUGGAGGUCCACGAACUUGACAUUUCCCUCAGUUUUCUACUCCACGGACCGGAUCUGUUCCGCUUCCAGGAAAAUCUAGUAUAUAAAAGGCGGGACUUUCAUUUUGCGGAGCGCAUUUGCUGCCUUGUCAGGCAUUGCAGGGGUGAGAAACUAUUGUCCGUUAUUAAUUUUAGUCACUGGUUCAGCAAGAGCGCAUUCGGUAGUAUAUCAUUAGUUAUCGUCGGGAAAAUAUUCGCAAGAUGAAAUUCAAGUGCACGCUGCUGCUGGCGCUGACGCUCGUCAGUGCCGCGCCUGCCAAGGACAUAAUUGACUACGAGACGAAGCAGGGAGAGCACGAGCAAGAGGGCACAGCAGGCAAGGCCGUGGAGGGCGAGUACAGUUGGGUAUCACCAGACGGCACGGAAUAUUACGUUAAGUACGUCGCCGAUCAUCUAGGAUACCGCGUCGUCGAGUCCGACGUUGUGCAUAAAGCCGUACAGAAAGCCUCGCAGGGCUGACGAAAAAUUAAAAAAGUUACUUUAAUCUACUUUUUUUAUCUACAAAAGAUCUACUUCUUUAAUCUACAAAAAGUUACUUUAAGUUACUGUAAUCUACUCUAGGAAUAAACUUGCCAUAAAACACGGAAAUUGACGCAGGACAGUUAUUAUGAGGAGCUUUCACAGAACAAAUUAGUUGAACAUCAAAUUUUUAAAAUCGUCUUUCACCAAAGUUACUCAACUUCAUGGCAAUAUCAGGCGUCUGCACUAUACGUUUCGUUACAAUGUAACCCCUCAACUGUCAUUAUGUUUGAAGACUUCUCGAUAUUUUUACAAGGUUUUUACAAUGUAAAAAUUUCACAAUAUUUUUCCAAUGUAAAAAUGUCACAAUAUUUUUUCGAUGUAAAAAUGUCGCAAUUUCACUCAAAAGUCAUACAGAAAGAAAUAAAUUUAUUAGAGACUUUUGUGAUACCGAAAUAGGGAACAAAUGAGUGAAUAAAAAACUGAAAUAUGUGAUGAAUUUCCCUGCCUAUUCAUCGUUCUGUAUUUAUGCACAGAUUUGUAACCUAUAUAAAAAUAAUGUUCGUUAUCAUUUUGCCGAAACAUUUCCAGGCAAUUUUUUAAGAGCUGUCUGUUUAAUUUACAGAAGCAAGGCAACAAAAGAUAUAAAUACUCAGCUAAAUUAUAACUUGUUCAGGGCAAAAAUGAUUCGUCUUUAUUGUAAAUUCGUAAAAACUUCUUCAUUUUCUUGUGUUAGGAAUGCAUAGGGAAAACUAAUCUGCAUCUUAAAUGGAUCGUUGAAGUUUUCUCACAACAGAACAGAACAAUAAUUCUUCUCAUGUCAAAAAUUUUUGGGGAUGUCAUAUGGAAAACCCUCAUUCUGCUGUAUCAUGUUUAUUGUAUAUUUAUCCAUUAUAGAUAAAUAUAUAAGAUUACGACGUCGUCUCUUCCAGGAAUAUAAGUUGUAACAACACAGAACUGGAACAUGUCCUUCAGGUUCAGCUUAUUCGAAGAAAAAAGCAAUUCCAAACACGCGUGAGAAUUCCAUUGCAGUGUUUACUUGGUUUACUUAAAAAUUGCAAUGGCUAAAAUAUAAUUCAAUUUCAUGCCGCAUUUUUUAAUUAGAUAGACUUUAUAUUAUUUUUUCAAACACAAAUCGAAGUAGGAGAAAUUUAUCAAUUCCUAUAUGAUUACAAGUAAGACGUGGUCUUCUCCCAACAUAGAGUAAAAAGUAGAUCUCUCGUCCUUCUUACAUCAGCGUAUUCCAUACUAUUAAGUUUACCGUUAAGGAGACGUGGAAUCAUGCAAUAUUAACGCUCGCCUCGAGGCAUUGUAUGAAAGGUCACUGGAUCAUUCACACUCGUGUGAAAUACGAGUCAACUGACCCCUGCAGUUGUCGUUCACUGUCCCUUUAAUCCCACAUCGCAAGCAAGUUAGCCUUCCUUGCCUGAUCCCAGCACGCGAUUACCGAGGCGUGGCUUGAGGGAUUUCGUAACUGUAACGGCAGGCUUCCUUGGUCAAGUGUUUUUUUAUCACGUACACGCAGGACUGAAAUACUCGAAAUGUAUGCUCCGUACCCUCGAACAUGACGGGAUCGCUGGGCGACAUUCUGUUUUUACAUGUUAAAAAUCGGUAAAUUUGACUGCUUGUUAUGUACGUGAUUUAAUUAGUGAAACAAUGUUGUUAAAAUCCCAAUAAAAACGCUUGACCUCUAUUGAGCAUUAACUUCAAAUCUGAAGGCUGUUUUUGCAAGAUGAGAGCUAAGAAUUUGAUAUAUUUUCGUGAAUUUUGUACU